AUGUACAUUGCUACGAUACCAUUUAUCAUUUUACUCUUAUCAGUUAAAUAUAGGAUCGGUAGCAUAUGAGGACUGUGUUACAAAUAUACAUAAAUUUAACACGUUGGUAGACUACAUUGAACUAUGAAUAAAACACGCUCAUUGAAUACUUUACCUUCGCUUUUGACGAUAUUAGUAUUUUGUAAUACAGUGGCACAUGGUCAUACGGGACAUCGCAGGCUAUUGAUAGAUGAUAAUGUACCUUGUCCAUCGGGUCACUACUGUCCAAAUGGUACCUCUUCGCCUCUUCCAUGUCCAGUCGGAACGUACAACAACUUAAUGCAACAAACAUCAUGUCGUGUCUGUCCAGCUGGUUACUUUUGUUCAGUAGAAGCUCUGACUAUUGGGUCACGAUGCCCUAUAGGCUAUUUCUGUCCUACUGGAGCAUCUACACCUUCGCCAUGUAAAGCCGGAACAUAUAAUGCACUUACUGGACAGUCGGCAUGUAUCACAUGUCCUGUGGGGCAUCUUUGCCCUACUGGAUCAACUGCGCCUAUCCCAUGUAAAGCCGGAACAUAUGGCACCCAAACUGGGCAGUCCAUAUGUAUCGCAUGUCCUGUAGGAUAUUUUUGCCCCACUGGAUCAGAAGCGCCUAAGAUGUGCCCAGCCGGGACAUACAGUGGUAACAGAACAGAGCAGUCAACUUGCUACUUUUGUCCUGCAGGAUGGUACUGUCCACAUACAACUGAGAUUUAUCAUUGUCCGCAUGAUAUGUACUGCCCAGUUGGGUCGGUAGCACCUACCAUGUGCCCGGCAGGUACCUUUGUCAGUCCAACAGGACAAUCCUGUGGCCCAUGUCCAGUUGGAUAUUACUGUCCAACAGGAACCUCUCAGCCUAUACCCUGCCCACAAGGAACCUACCAGAACAAAUCCAGUGGAACAAGCAUAGCAGAAUGUAUAUCAUGUCCGUGUGGAAAAUAUUGCAGUUCAACUGGCCUUUUCCAGCCAACAGGAUAUUGCAGUUCAGGAUAUUACUGCACUGGAGGCGCAAGCAGUCAAAGACCAACAGACGGUGUGACUGGUGAUAAGUGUUCUAUAGAUCAUGCCUGCCCAAGUGGUUCUUGCAAGCAGAUAUGAGAGGAACGCAAUGUUCACUGACAUGUACUGACAUAUUUUAAUUCAUAUACCUGUAUUAGCUGAAAAUUGAAUAAAGUUCUUUAUGA